AUGCGGUUGAGGCAGAGAGACAACAUCCGGCCCCCUGAACGAUAUGGCGGUGGGGACUGGAUUGGGAACAAGGCGUCGGGUCGUCGAGGUGCGUCAAGGGCGACUUCUGAGACGCCCGACGACCUACCUCGCCAACCACACAUCCCUCUCAUCGCGAGACCAACUGCAGGGCCGCCGCCGUUUAUUGACUACAACCCAAACUCGCCUCCAGCUGCGUUCCCUACGCUUGACAAGCCCCGGCCUAUAGAGAUGCCGCCUGUAAACAAUGAAACAGCCUCUUCAGGUUCUUGUGAAAACGAGUUUCAGAGCGAGCCAUGGAGUGACAUGGAGUCGAGCGAAGACGAUGAUAGCGGGGAAGACGCGGAUCAUUCUGUCGAUGUUGAAGACUACAAAUAUCUUCACGCGCCCACACACGUCGAAUGGAAAGACCUUAAUCCCGCUAUUCAAAUGGAAAUAAUCCAGAAUUUGACUCAAGUCUAUACUUGGCCGCGCGUGGUGUACAUGUUAGAGCUGACACCGCAGCAGCAAGAGGAAGCCAUUCAGAGCCCAGCCCGUCGCCAGAAGCAGGUGGAGGACGAAGCCCAGCAGUUGCAUGAAAUGCAAGUCAAGCAGUUGAGAGCGCUCCUUCGAAUAGACAACAGUGUUCUGAGGAAGUCUAGAGUUCCGGGCCAGCUGGUCUUUCGAAACAUUUCAAAGCAGUACUUCCGGGAAGCUAAAAACAGAGCAACCGUUGAUCAUUUCAUGAUCAAAGCUAGCGAUCUUCUGGCUGCUCGGAGGUUUCUGCGGAGAUUGGGGAUUGACACAAAGUAUGCUGGAGAAUGGAAAAACGACCUUGCCACCAUUAACCAGGCGCAUGAAGAGAAUGGUGAGGACGAGUUCAAAUGGAUUCUUAGUCCAGAGGAGACUGAACAGUCUAGCAGCACUCCUUCUAUCCAGUUAGGCUCUUCCUCACCUUCACUUCAGCCGCACAAUGUUGGUGCUAAUAGCGCUAAUGGCCAGGAUCGUUGUUUCGUCAACCGUGUUGGAAACCCGGGAGCGGGUACACUCAGAGUACCAGUGCGCGAGGAACUGAAUGAACCGAUGCAUUCGACUCCCCUGAAUGCUGCUCAACAGAUCCUUAGCCGCAGAAAAUCCGCUAAAAAGCCGGAUAGGAAAACACCGAACCGACCUAUGAACAUCAAUCCAGCAAGCUCAAUGGUCCGAUUAAAUAUUGGGCCUGAGGGUGCUGCACAGAUACGCAAUGUCAUGCAUACCACAUCUUCCUUGUCGCCACAGUCGUCCCAAAACCUACCAUCAAGCCCUCCAAUACCCUUAGCCUCCACGACCAACCACCCGCCGAGUUCUUCAUUGUGGAUGUCUCAGACAACAGAUUCAAGAAAACGCCCACAUUCAGAGACGGCUAUCACACCUGGUUCUUUUGUAGAUGAGGACGACCUUCCACUGCAGAGGGUCUUAAGUGGUCCAUGGUGGUAUAAUUCGGGACAAGUCAUAUCUCGGGCGGGAAUCACAUCAUCCCAGACGCUCCAUGAAAGGCUGUAUGCGGCUAGAGCUGAAACUGAGAUACAGCGCCAAUCUUUUGCUCGCCCGAUUGGUAGAUUACCCCCAGUGCCACAGGUUAACCUACCGAUCCGAAACUCAACCCCGCUGAAUAACCGCCAGGCCACUCCUAUGCCUUACAGUGAUGACACAAUCGCUCAGACACCUCCACCGGGAUAUUCUUCACCAGUACCACAGAGACAUGUGCUACCCAAUAAAAAUUUCAAAAGCCUACUCAUCAACAUGCCUGGAGAUAAUGUACCAACUAGAAUGACCUCAGCCUCUUCAGACAAUUCCGAGCACGGACCACCAUACUCACCAAUAUCACCUGUCAUGGGAACAUUUCCCGUUGCCCAGGUUCAGGCUGCCGGGGGUGGACAAACCCAAGAUAACAACCUUAGGAAAGUUCGAACUCUCCAAGAAAGCGCCAUUGAGGAUGGUCAACAUGGAGCGACGAGUUCUAUUCUAGACGAUGGGGUGUCAUCUAAUACUGGGCCAGUAGGCACGCCAGCCUCACUCCCAACUGAGGCUAAAUCGUCUCGACCAAGUUCAGUAGAAUUUUCACACACAAGCAUCCAAACAGCGGGCGAAGAUCCACUUCUGGAGAUGAAAUUCCCAGAGCCAAUGGAAAACACUGCUUCCAAGGCUGAGACUUCUAGCAAUAUUUCUAUUGCCACCACCUUUGCGGUCUGUUGCGAUAUUCCGCCCAUCGAAUCAAUGAAGAAGAAUGAGUGUAACUCUCAUUUACCUAUCCAUUCACCACCGGACACAAAUGGAACUGGUAAAGAGAAUGAAUUCCCGGGUAAAAGCAAGCCAGCUAAGAAAAAGGCUAAACUGGCUCCGACGGAUAGACGGCGCAGCUCAAGAUUGAACAAGCCUGCUACCACGAAGGAAACAAGAGCUCGAGCAGCAGCAUCAGUGACGAAGAAACGACUUGGAAACUAA